AUGAGGAACGCUGGUAUAAAAAUCGAUGCUACUCGUGCCAAAUAUGACACCGGUAAAGCAGCGAUUGAACAUGCCGGUUUAAUUCCAGUUAAGAAUGACGAAAAAGCUCCAUUUGUUUGGAUUGAUGGAAUUUUAAAGCCCGAUGAUGCUUUAGACUACGAUCCUGGGCAAAUAUUAGGUAAAAUACCAGGUAUGGACUACAUUUGCUACAAAUCUACGCUUUUUAAAUGCUUAAACCACAUUCGCAAUUUCUUUCCUCAGCAGUAUGAAGUAUUUCCAAGAACUUUUGUUCUGCCAGAUGAAUUCCCAGAGUUCCAAAGGGAGCACAUGCAUAUCUGUGGAAGGACAGGAGUCGCUCCAACUUGGGUUUUGAAACCAAAAAACGGAUGUUGCGGAAAUGGCAUCCAAAUCAUUCAAUCAGUACAUGAAGUCCAAGAUAACAAAGUACAAGGUGUCAUUCAACAGUAUGUUAAUCCUUAUUUGAUCGAUGGGAAAAAAUUUGAUUUCAGAUUUUACGUUUUUAUUGCUUCAUUAAGUCCACUAACAGUAUUUCUUUACAACGAAGGCAUCGCAAGAUUCUGUUCAGAACCUUUUCAAAUGCCAAAUAAAUCCAACAAAGAUACAAAGUUUAUGCACCUUACGAACACAGCUAUUAAUGUAGAAAAUGGUGCUGUUGAUGCCAGCGUUUUCACUAAGAAAGCAACAGAUAUUUUGCAAAUAAUCGAAAAUCAGCAUCAUAAUCGUGAUAUAAUCUGGGAAAGAAUAAGCGAAUGCGCACGUGCAGUAAUCAUUGGUAUACUUCCUAAGGUUCUUGCUUCAUUGCCGAAAAAGAAAAUGGGAACAAAUUCAUUAUUGAAGCCAUUUUUGACAAACCGAAUAUCUCAUUUGCAUAAUCUGCAAGAAGAAGUUGCAGAAGCACAAUGUGAAGAGGAAGUUCCUGAACCAGUUGAACCGGAAAUUCCAGAAGAAAAUCUUCCUUCAGUUUUAUCAAAUUCAUAUGAUAUUCAGCUCAAAUCAGAACGAAACUACAAGAAACAUAUGUUCCAAACAUCUGUUAAAGCAGAUAUUAUUAAACAUCAGACAAAUAUGAUCUUAAUGCCUGGAUUUGGAAAUAAAAAUACAGAUUGUCCGCCGCUGAUUGUCGGCUCCAUCGUAACUUAUAGAAUUAACCCCACAUCUCAAUAUGGUCCUUUAAUUGUUCAGAGAAGAUACGAUUUUACUACCAACAGGCUUAAGAGUAUCAAUGCGAAAUCACCAAAAUCAUAUUAUUUUACAAAAGGAGGCAAAGUUGUUCAAAAAACUCAAAAUCUGAAGGCGAAAAUCUUUUUGCCGCCAGCGAAACAGAGAUACCCAUCUCCAACAAAGGAUAUUGAAUCAAAGCCAGAGCCAAUUCCUGAGAUAAAGCGCGAAGAAAAAAUUUAUGAACCAGAAAAGAUCGAAGUCAAGCAAAAUACAUUCGAAGAGAGAUUCAGUGAAGAGGAAGAAGAAAAGCAGGCUCCAAAAGAAGCAGAAAAGAAGAGCCCUCUUAAACCAUUACCUCUAAAGAAGAGAUUUAACCACGUUCUAGGUAUUGAUAUCAUGCUCGAUGCAAAUAUGAAUCCACAGGUCCUGGAAUUGAAUGAUAGACCUUCUUUGAGUGUAACUGUAGAUUUCGAAAAAGAUUUGAAGGAAUCGUUACUCUGCGAGACGUUCGAACAUAUCUCUCCAAAUGGAGAAGUGUUAGGCAACAGCGAAAAGUCUGGUUGGCAACAAAUUUUCCCACUUCCAAAAUCUCACCCUAAUUACACUGUUUGGGCUCCAAUUUAUGAGAAGGCAAAGAAACCCAAUAACAAGGGAGAGAUUGAAGGAAUUCCUGUUAACAUUCGGCCCAGAACAACUGAACAAAAAUAUUAUAAUUUCGAAAAGACAAAGGAGAAGAAGAGGUCGAAGAAAAAAGCAAAAUAA